CCGCGGGAGAUUUUUUUUUCCCCUUGCCGCGCGUUGUGAGCGGAGAAUUCGUACCACCGUGUGCAGAUCCAUCCGCGCACUGCGUGAGGUGAAAUCCCCGAGCUGCGAGUAACACAGCGUUACCUGAGUUACCUCAGGCGGAGGACGGAAAAAAAUAUAAUAUACAAAAAAAAAAGACCUCAACGGAUCGAAAGAGAGAGACAACAUGUCGGCAUCGCGAGAGAAGAGGAGCGCCCCCAGCGCCGCCGCUGCAGCACCACCACCACCGGCGGCCACCGCAGUCACCAACAAUAACGGCGGCGGAGGGGAUGCGGCGGACGGACAGGAGCUGCUGGAGAACUGCGGGGUUUGCAAGGUCCGCCUGCAGCCCGACCGGCAGCCCCAGCUGCUCCCCUGCCUGCACUCCGUGUGCCACGGCUGCCUCAGCCCGGAGCCGCCGGUACCUGACGCCAGCGGGGAUCCUGCCUCAGCAGCGAUUUACUGUCCAGUGUGCAAACAUCAAUGUUUCCAGAAAGAUAUUGUUGAAAAUUACUUCCUAAAGGAAUCCUCUUCCACUGGUCCAGUAGAAGAAACCAUUCAGAGAUGCACCAGCUGUGAGGACAAUGCAGUGGCUAAUAGUUACUGCAUUGAGUGCACAGAGUGGCUCUGUGAGACCUGUGUCGAGGCUCAUCAACGAGUGAAAUAUACAAAAGAUCACACAGUCAAAGUUACAGGUGGAUCGAAAAAGGAGCCUGAGCACGCGGUGUACUGCCCAGUACAUAAACAUGAACCGCUUAUGCUCUUCUGUGAUACAUGUGACACACUGACUUGUCGUGAUUGCCAACUACAGGGACACAAGGAUCACCAGUAUCAGUUUUUGGAGGAUGCGGUUAAAAAUCAGAGAAAGAUCCUGUCUGCACUGGUUAAAAGGCUCAGCGAAAAACAUACAACUCUACAAAAAUCAACUAAGGAUGUCCGAACUUCCAUUCGUCAGGUUAUCGAUGUGCAGAAAAAGUUACAAGUAGAUGUCAAGAUGGCAAUCUUGCAAAUAAUGAAGGAACUCAACAAACGUGGUAAACUGUUGGUGAAUGAUAUGCAGAAAGUCACUGAAGGGCAUCAGGAAAAGUUAGAAAAACAGCACUGGGCCAUGACAAAACUGCAGAAACACCAAGAGCACAUCCUUCGAUUUGCCACAUGGGCCUUGGAAAGUGACAAUAAUACAGCAUUGUUGCUGUCAAAGAAACUGAUUUAUUUUCAACUCCACCGUGCUUUGAAAGUUAUUGUAGACCCUGUUGAGCCUUUAGGGGAUCUAAAGUUUCAGUGGGAUUCCGAAACCUGGACAAAACAUGCAGAGUUCUUUGGCAAAAUUGUAUCGGAUAAAACAGGUGUUCUGCAACCUGGUUCUGGUGGAUCACUCUCUGGUUUAGGUGUAAAUUCAACAUCACAGGUGUUGACGCCACUAACCAACUUUAGCCCAAUGGUGCAGAAUAGGUCACGUCCCAGUGCGUCUCAGAAUCAAGCUACAGCAGCACGAACUGGCCCUGGCAGCUUUAUCCAGCCCAUGCAGCCCAUGGAUGACUUUGACGGAAGUUCUGCAGAGGGAGAAUCAUCUGGACUAGAAACCUUGGCUGGGCACAAAAGAGGGCAUAACUCAGAAGGUGAUGUAAAUGAACUUUUAAAGAAAGUUCCUCGUGUCAGUCUUGAACGCUUGGAUGUUGACCUUAAUCCUGACACUCAACCACCAGUCUUCAAAGUAUUCCCAGGAACCACAAAUGAGGAUUAUAAUUUAAUUGUAAUAGAAAGAGGGAAUGCUCCUGGGGAACCUGUUGUGAAAGAAGAGGCCAUGGAAACUAAUAUUCCUAUUCCCACAAUUGAAUCCAGUGACGAAAAACCAUGCAUUAUUCGUUCAGAUGGUUUGCCCGAAGCUCUACAGCCUGCUAUCAGACCCUCUAGUGUUGCAAGUGACAGUGCUUCUUCUGAUUUUCAAGGCUCUAGCAGUGGUGGCUUUUCAGAACCUGGCAUCACAAAUCUCUGCAAGGUGUGCCAGAAAGAAGGGGUGCUGCUAGCAUGUAAUCAGUGUAAAACCACCUUCCAUAAAGAAUGCCAUCUGCCAUCCAUCAUGGAGUUGCAAAGUGGAGAAUGGAAAUGUAUGCUGUGCCAGGACUUAACUGCUAAGAGUGAUCAGAGUGCUGAUGAUCUUCCACCAGCAGACCUAAGCCACCCUAUGUUAUCGUCAACUGACCAGAAGAAAUGUGAACGUUUGUUGUUAGAACUUCUCUGCCAUGAACCCUGUCGGCCUUUUCACAGGCUGUCUACUGGCGCGGAGAAUGACCCAUUAAUUGACUUGACAUUGAUAAGAGCAAAGCUUCAGCAAAAAUUGUCACCUUUGUACAGCACCCCUGAAGACUUUGUUCGCGACAUAUGGUUGAUGUUCAGAAAUGUCAGCAAGCUUGCAGAGGACAAAGCUGUGGUACAAUCCAUAAUAGAAUUGCAAUCUUUCUGUGAAGCAAGAUUAAACACACUCUUUGGGGACCGUAAGUUCUCAUGCCUUCUUGGGGAGACACUGGGUGAAGAAGAACCACAAAGCGAGAGUAUUACCCAGCGAAGUUCUCCAAUGAGCACAACAAGUGAGAGUGUAUCAUCUGUUAAGAACAUCGCUGAUCAGGAUUAAUUAUUGCAGGCUGUAUUUAUCUGUGGUCAAAUCAAAGUGGACAUGCGCAUCUUAUUUCAUUCAACAUCAGUGCUGCGCAAAUAACUGGACUGUUCAAGUGAAUUUACCCCUUCUGUCUUUCUAGAUGAACAUGCUGCCACUGGAAUUGAACAAUGUUUUUCCUAGGCAGUUUAAAAAAUAAAAAAACUCUUUGGGAGAAGACUGUAAUGCUCUACAAUAAACAUAGGAUUGCUAAAUUAACAUUCAUGUAUUUAGCGAGCUCUUAUUUGUUGCAUCAUACCCUAUACCAUCUCCUAACUAAACUUUUGACUUUUGCAUUCACGUAUUAUCCCUUUGUUUCUCGUGUUACACUAUUCCAUUUCUUAAUGUUUCACUUGCAGUGAUCUGAGAGCAAUGGGAUAUUAAAAUAAAAUAUUUGUAAUCUA